AUGACUGAAGGCGCUUCGAACAAUGAGCUUUUACUGGCAUUAUGCCGAGGUGAUCAAGAAGAAGAAUUAGAAAAGUUACUCGAAGAGGGUAAUUGUAAUGUGAACUUUACAGAUGGUGCAGGCAACACAGGCGCACAUUAUGCCGCCAAGACAGGUUCUAUUGGUUGUCUUGAAGUACUUGUUAACCAUGAAGAAAUCGACUUGGAUAUCCAAAAUACCCUCGAAGGCAAUACCCCUUUACAUUUGGCUGUACAAUAUGCCAAUGAAGAUCAUGACAUGGCUGUUGCUAUGGUAGAGCUAUUGUUGGCUGCUGGAGCAGACCCAAAGAUUGCCAACCGUAAUAAAUUGACGCCUAUUCAAUUGGUUCAUCCAAAGCACGUUGAUAUCAAAAAAACAUUAGAAGAAGCCAGUGCGGCAUAUGACUUGGAUGAUGCUGAUAUUGCUCAUGAAGAUGAUGACGACUAUGGAGAUGGUUCAGCCUCUGAAGAAGAAGAAUAA